GUCGAUUGCACCGCUGAAGUCGAGUCCAUGGCAGGCUCAGCAGAUCUUCAGAGUCUUGGAUCAAAGGUUUCCAGCCUUACCACAAUCCUUGCAGCUCAACUGGAGGCCGGCAAACAUCCCAAACCUUCGUUCCAAAAGGAUGGGCCUGCAUCGUAUCCCUCAGAUCCAGCCAUCCAGGUUCCACGACAUCAGCUGAUUGACACUCUCAAUGAUCUACUUCUGCUUGCCACUGGGGCAAGCGACUACUUUUUCCUCCAUGGCGGAUUGUUUAUCAACCAUGAGAAGACCACGCUGGAUAUCAUGAAUCAGUUUGAUUUCUUCUCUCGUGUGCCUCUGGAUCAGAGUGCAAGCUACAGCGAGGUCGCUGCUUCUCUGGAUAUUCCUGAAGACAUAACUAGACGCACGUUUCGAUAUGCGUUCACGAUGCGCAUCUUCGCCCCAGAUCCACAAGAUGACGACCGUGUAAUGCACACUGCGUUCUCGGCACACAUGGCCCGUAAUCUACUUCUUCGAAGCUGGGUAGGCCAUGCACUUGAGGAGGCUGGUGGCGCAAGUCAUCACGCAGCAGAUGCUUUGCGCAAGUUCAACAGUGGCAGAUCCAGUCUGUCUCAAGAUCUUCAUGAGACUCCUUUCGGAUUGUCGUGGCCACGACUGAAUGACGGCAGGUUGGCGGACUAUUGGAGUGUUGGUCAAGACGAUCCGAAGGAGGCAUGGAGAGCACAGCGAUUCGCUGAAGCCAUGCAAGCCUCUGUCUUGAGUGGAGUAGUGCAGGCGGAUGAAGUCGUGACUAAGUACGAUUGGAAGAGUCUCGGGUCCGCAUCGAUUGUUGAUGUUGGCGGAUCUGAUGGCUCUUUGGCUGCAUUGCUUGCCCGUAAACAUCCCAGCUUGCGCUUUACCGUGCAAGAUCUCCCUCGAGUCAAAGAAGAAUUCAUCGCUCAGGACUAUUCCGACAUUGCUGAUCGAAUAAUCUUCAAGGGACAAGACUUCUUCAAACCUCAACCUGAAAAGGCCGAUGUUUUUCUGAUGAAGCAUGUCCUGCACAAUUGGCCGGACAAGUACGCCGUCAAGAUCUUGCGCAAUCUCGUAGCAGGUCUAAACAGCGGAGGUCAUAUCAUUAUUUGUGACAGUGUUGUUCCGAGUGAGAAAGAGGCGGAGGACCUACCAAUUAGUGUGAAGAAAACCAUUGCCGCGGCAGACAUGCAAAUGUUUGUGAUGCUCAAUUCCAAGGAGAGGACGGCGAGAGAUUGGACAGACCUGGCAAAGAGCGCUGAUCCCCGAUUGAGGGUCGCAGCUUUGCAUGCAGUGCCUGGGGCUGUAGUCAGUCUGCUGGACCUGGUGUUGGAUGAGUAA